AUCAUUACUCCAACUUUUCAGCCCAUACAAAAGCCAAAAGCAAAAACAAAACAAACACAGCUCAAAACCAAUCCCCACUACACACCCAAAACUAAGCCUUAAAUUUUAGCCAGAACUCAAACCCACAUCCACCAAAUCCAUGGCCAACGCCGCUACCACCGCCACCAACCCGACCACCACCAGGAAAGAGGCGAAUGGCCUGCUUUUAGGCCGGUACGAAAUCGGAAAACUCCUCGGUCAGGGAACUUUUGCCAAAGUCUACCAUGCCAGAAACAUCAAGACCAACGAAAGUGUAGCUAUUAAAGUCAUUGACAAAGAGAAGAUCCUCAAAACUGGCCUCAUGGCUCACAUUAAGCGUGAGAUCUCAAUUCUCCGGCGGGUUCGACAUCCCAACAUAGUACAAUUGUUCGAGGUUAUGGCAACAAAGUCUAAGAUCUUCUUCGUGAUGGAGUAUGUAAAGGGUGGUGAAUUGUUCAAUAAGGUCGCCAAAGGUAGGUUGAAGGAAGAGAUGGCUAGAAAGUACUUUCAACAAUUGAUUUCAUCUGUUGGGUUUUGUCAUGCCCGUGGUGUUUAUCAUAGAGAUUUGAAACCUGAGAAUAUUUUGCUUGACGAAGAUGGUGAUUUGAAAGUGUCCGAUUUUGGGCUCAGUGCCAUAUCGGAGCAAAUAAAGCAGGAUGGUCUGUUUCAUACUUUUUGUGGAACACCAGCCUAUGUUGCCCCAGAGGUUCUUGGGAGAAAAGGGUAUGAGGCAGCUAAAGUAGAUAUAUGGUCAUGUGGGGUGAUUUUGUUUGUGUUAAUGGCUGGUUAUUUACCUUUUCAUGAUCAGAAUAUAAUGGCUAUGUAUAAGAAGAUUUAUAAGGGUGAAUUUCGAUGUCCUAGAUGGUUUUCACCUGAAUUGAUUCGGUUAUUGACUCGACUUCUUGAUACUAAUCCUGAUACCCGGAUCACAAUCCCGGAGAUUAUGAACAAUAGAUGGUUUAAAAAGGGGUUUAAGCAUGUGAAAUUUUAUAUUGAGGAUGAUAGGUUGUGUAGUGUUCAUGAUGAUGAUGGGGUAGAUUAUUCUUCUGAUCAGUCGUUGUCUGAAUCGGAGUCAGAGGUGGAGAGCCGGAGGAGGCUCACGAGUUUACCAAGACCCGCGAGCUUGAAUGCAUUUGAUAUAAUUUCAUUUUCGCCUGGUUUUGAUUUAUCUGGGUUGUUUGAGGAGGGAGGAGAGGGGGCAAGGUUUGUUUCGGGGGCUCCUGUGUCGAACAUUAUAUCAAAAUUGGAAGAAAUUGCAAAGGUGGUGAGUUUUACGGUGAGGACGAAGGAUUGUAGAGUGAGUUUGGAAGGGUCGAUGGAGGGAGUGAAGGGUCCUUUGACGAUUGCUGCUGAGAUAUUUGAAUUGACACCAUCAUUAAGGGUGGUGGAAGUGAAGAAGAAAGGAGGGGAUAUGGGAGAGUAUGAGGACUUUUGUAACCGGGAACUGAAGCCUGGGUUGCAGAAACUUAUGGUGGAGGAGUCUGCUGAAUCUUCACAUUUGCCAUCGGAUACUGAAUAGAGAGGGGAAGAAGAGGAAAAGGGUAUCCUCGUUUCUCUCUCUGUUUGUUUGGCUUUCCAAUGACCAUUGCUUAUGUUGUGUUGCUCAGGUGAAGCUCUAGAUGUUGCUUGUAUUGUGUUUUGCUUCUUUUGUAUUAAAGGUCAUAUCUGAAAAAUGAAAUACACUGUUGUUUUUUUGUUGGCAUCUUGGUGAGGGGGGGACUCUCUUAACAUUUUCUUCUUUCAUGACUUGGUGUUGAAAUUUGAGGAAAUGAAGUUCCCUUUAUCUUGACUAGUCCAAAAUAAGUUAAUGUUUUUGUCCAUGGCCAAACCUAAAAAUUGUCUGAAUUUCCUUAAAACACUUGAUUGUGAAGAGAAGAGAGGAAACAAAUGUAUGA